AUGCAAAUGCAUGCAAUAAUGCAUGCAUAAACAUCAUCAUCAUCAUCUAUAAACAUCUAUGAUUGCAUAGCAGCAAAAUCUACCGAAUCUGAUGUUCUCUGAAGAAAAUGGGAAAUAUUUCUUCCAACAGAUGAGCUAUAAAUCGACUGUGCUGACAGAGGUUUUGACCCUCUGUACUGAGCACUGCAUUGCCUUGCUGUAGCUUUUAGACUGGACCUGCUCAGCCUCAGUCAGUGACUGUCAUCAUGGAGGAAAAGCAGAUGACUGUAGCCGAGUGAAGAGGACUAAACGCUGCACCCCGCCGCAUCCCAGCCUUUGUUUCUCCUGUUAUUAUUCGAAAUCGGCGAUCACCACAGAGACACCACCGAAAACACCUGAGGGCUGACAGCCGCCAAAAUGAAGCAUUUUCUCAGAGUGGUGACCCAGUUCUUUGUGUUCCUCUACUGUAAAUUACUGUGGCGCGGCCUCAAGUUUGUCGUCAGGAAGUUUACGGGACGCUGUGAGCUGCAGAGGAUCUGCUACAACAACAAGCAUGGAGCCCGCAGGACCCUCAAGAUAGAGUCGUCUCUGCGCUACUCCAAGAAUGGGCUGCUGCAGUCUGCCCUCAGUGUCCAUCCUGAUAAAGUGGAGAAGACCAUUGAUGACAUCAUGGCCUUGAAGAAGAUUAACCCUGACACCAACCCACAGCUGGGCAUCUCUCUGCAGGCCAGCCUGCUGCAGAUCGUGGGCUACAGGAGCCUGGUGAUGGAGGUGGAGAAGCUGCGCAGGGAGCCUUAUGACUGUGAAAAUGCUGAGCACGAGGAUACGCUGAUGAAGCUAUGGAAGGAGCUGCGUCCUGACACACCUCUCACGGGCCGCAUCUCUAAACAGUGGUGUGAGAUCGGUUUCCAAGGCAGUGAUCCCAAGACUGAUUUCAGAGGCAUGGGCCUACUGGGCCUGCAUAACCUGCUGUAUUUUGCAGAACACGACAAGGCGACUGCUCUGCAGAUGCUCAACGACUCCCUGCAACCAAAGCACAAGAGCACACACCGAAAGCCAAGUGAAAUAAACAAGCCUGAAUGGGAACAGAAGAACCUUGACAAAGCUAUCGGUUAUUCUUUUGCCAUCGUGGGCAUCAACAUCACAGACCUGGCCCACUCUCUGCUGGUGAGCGGAGCCCUGAAGACUCACCUGUACAACGUGGCCCCGGAGAUGCCCAGCCUGCUGCACUUCCAGCAGACUUUCUGUUACCUGAUGCAGGAGUUCCACCGUUUCUGGAUCGAGGAGGAUCCCAGCGACAUCAUGGAGUUCAACCGGGUCCGCUCCAAGUUCCACCGGAGGAUCCUGCGGCAGCUGAAGAACCCGGACAUGGCUCUGUGCCCCCACUUCUCCGCCUCCGACCUCCACCUGGUCAACCUCUAAACACACACUCCUGACUCCUGUGACACC